CUUCCUCACCAUCCACUCUGGCAAUCUUUCUGUCACAGACUAUCAAGCGUCUCUUGCCCUGCCGUCACCUUUUGAAGCUGGCCUCUUAACAAGGCCGACAUGCAGACGGUCUUGAUCAAUCCCCCACCGAAAGAAUGCGCGAAAGGCCCGGGAUUGAUUCAGGCAUCAGCCGGGGAAGGUUCAUCAUCACGGUGUGUCGAGCUCUUGUUGAAUCUCCUACCUAUCCUCCGAGAAAUCGUCGAUUCCCUCGAGCGCACCGAAUCCUGCCAUAGCCUUCGCCUGUUCUAUCUUCAGCUAAACGCAAAUAGUCUGCUCUUGCGUGAUUAUAUCCUACCUCGCUAUACAGUCGACCCCACAACUGAUCUCGACCAUCUGGCCCGCCCUUUGCUAAAUAAACUUUUUCUUGCGUGCGAUGCCCGGUUAUCGGUCUGGAUGAGGUGUCGGUUCCAUCCUCGGCGUUAUUUCCACAAUUGGCCGCCUUGCAACUCUACUGGAAUAUAACGGCCUCACAGGGGGGAAGGCUGGCGCGCGUGAAAGAAUGUCUGGACUUUAGCUGCCAGGAGAGACGGGACGAACUGAUUCUACUCCUACGAGGCUGUGUGGCUACCCUCCGUUCACAUCGCCCAGACGGAUCUACCGGUGAAGCAGAAGAACAAUCUCAACAACACCGGAGGGGAAGACGAAAACCAUCAACUUCCGUUUCGAACGCUGCGACUUGUCUUUGGCAAGCGCUAGUCGCCUGUUCGAGGACUUGCAGUUCCAUUCACGACCACAAUUACGCGGCGAGGCUUCGAUUAGCAACACACAAUAAACGCCGCAACGAAGGUUAUGCGUUUGAAACCUUUGUUACGCUGAGCCUAGUGUCAAACUCGUGGCAAGAGGCAUCAAUACAGGUCAUCCUUUCUGAUUCCUCACCGAGGCCGCAGCCGACCGUCAGGUUUGCCCUACCGGACGAUGAUGGUGCUAGCAGGAAAUCGCAAGCACCUCGAUCUAGACUCGCGAUCAAGCGAUUAUGUGAGCAGAUAUCCAAGGUGAGGCAGAAUUUCUCGAUGCGCAUGAACCUGACCGUGGAGGAAGGUAGACUCUGGAAGGAGAAAUCUUCGAGGAGCGACAGGGCCAUCAGCCGCGCCGAGGCCCCCCUCUCCCUGGAAGAUAUUAUCAGAGAUUGCCCCUCUCAUUUGACGGAGAAGAUCAAGCGCGUGCUAGCAGUACUAAUUGCGUAUUCGAUAUUCCACCUCCGUGGCACCCAGUGGCUACGCGCCGACCACUUCACAGCCACAAAUAUCUUGUUCUUUAGAACAAAUAAUGUCCUCCCCCUAAUGCCAUAUAUCCAAUUAGAAUUGCGAGACGUCGAUACUGUUGAUGGCGAUCGAGUAUCUAAUCUCGUGGGGCCAGAACUGGAGAUGGACCCCGACGACCUUCCAUUGCACCCAUACCCAGAGCUUAUCAUGUUAUCUAUCAUCCUGAUGGAGCUCUACAUGAAACGACCGAUUAAAGAUCUGGCCGAGCAAGGCGGUAUGGAACUAGAAGACUGGAAUACGCUCGACAGCAAUACAAGAUAUGCGGUCGCUGCUACGGUGUUUGAGUGCUACAAGACAGAGUUCCCAGACAAGUACCGCGGAUCGAUCGAUAAAUGCUUAGACCCAAAUAUUGGUCUCGAUCAUAAUGACAACGAGCUGGACGACCAGGGCCUCAGAUUUACAAUUUAUGAGAAUAUCAUUCGACCCUUGCAGGACGAGCUGGACAGUGGAUUUGGCAACAUUGUUUCAGUAGAAGCUCUAGACGAGGCAGCGCAAUAUAUGGACCUUAACGCCUGGGGCCAAAUGUACAAGACUCGAUCGGCUCCCACUCUGGCUGAGCAUCAUGCUAUAAAUACCCAGCGUACCCCUGUGAAAAGACCGUACAGUGAGCUGGGCGAAGCAAACCACACUCCGCGUCCUUUACGGCCGGAAACAUCAUCAGGUUCGUCAUAUCGGGCUUAUCUUGAUCUCUCGAAGCACGAAAGCUAUACUGUGGGAUGGAUAUGUGCGUUGCCCAAGGAAAUGGCAGCUUCACAGGCCAUGCUGGACGAAAUUCAUCCGCCGUUGCCGCAGGAUACAAGUGAUCCGAAUAGUUACACUCUAGGGCGCAUAGGAAUCCACUACGUGGUCAUGGCUUGUCUUCCGGCUGGUGUUACAGGCACUGUGGCUGCCUCCCGAGUUGGACAACAGAUGCGAUUGACAUUUAAAGGUAUUCGGUUCGGGCUCAUGGUUGGCAUUGGCGGCGGAGUCCCCGGCUCCAAGGAUAUUCGACUUGGAGAUGUUGUCGUGGGUGAGCCUGGUGAUACGUUCGGGGGUGUCAUUCAGUAUGAUUUCGGAAAGACUGUGCAGGAUUCCAAGUUCCGCCGAACUGGGUCAUUAAAUCGGCCUCCGGAUGUCCUGCUGACCGCCGUUUCUCGAUUGCGAGCAAACCACUAUCAUACUCGGCCCUUGCUGAACGACUACCUCCAAACAAUGAUCGAGCGGUUCCCUGAGUCCAGGUCCGAAUUCGCACACCCGGGUACAAAAAGCGAUCUGCUUUUCAACUGUGAGUACGACCAUGAGACAAACAAUCCCGAUGGUUCUUGUGAGAAAUGCAGUACGGAUGAACUCGUCGUCCGAGAUGCACGCAAUUCGGCGUCGCCGCAGAUUCAUUAUGGUCUGAUCGCAUCUGGAAACCAGGUAAUGAAGCAUGGACUUACUCGGGACCGCCUAAGGAAGGACCUUAAUGUUCUCUGUUUUGAAAUGGAAGCUGCGGGGCUAAUGGAUAUAUUUCCCUGUCUCGUGAUUCGCGGCAUUUGCGACUACGCAGACUCCCACAAGAGCAAGAUCUGGCAGGGGUACGCCGCCGCAGUGGCCGCGGCCUAUGCAAAGGAACUUCUUGGUGUUGUUUCCAGCGGGUAGGGUAAUCUAGAUUCUUGGUUUAACACUUUAGGCUAGCUUCGUCGUCAUGAAUUUGAGUCGCCUACUCACCAUAAAUAUUUGAGUGGCACAACUCCUCCUGCUUGGAGCAAGAAGGCUCGCUCCAGCUUCCUUGACCGCUAUGACUUGUCAGUCUGCUUCGCGCAAUGGCCGAGGUCAACGCGAGUGUCCAAAAGUGCUGAUUGGCUACGUCUAUGCGGCACUUUCUCAAGGACGAUCGGCGCGCCAACAACCCAAGACACGAAGCUUUGUGGGGUAAUAACAACCCAAAUAUUCGACCGAUUUAAUACCGAGAUGAAGCAUCAGCACAACUGCCGGUUCUGUGACUCCAUGAUACCGCCUGCAAGAUCUUGCCAACUACUUGGUUCAACUCCGAGCCGAGGAACGCGAGAUGCUCCAAUCUCUGCUAUUCGACGAACGGUUUAAGGGCAAUGCGUCACAAGGGCUUGCCUGAUCGCUUAAGAUCUCUCCACGAUCCGUUUCGGAAUCCGUUCGGUACAUUGGAUUGUCUGCUUUCUCUUCAACACCAUGGCUCUCUUUUCUCUUGCCUUGGUGGCCGUUCUCGGACAAGUCACUGCACUUAGCCCUCGCAUGAGUUCAUUGUCGUCCGUUAGCGACACGGCAUGGCAAUCUCUCAACUCGAGCGUCGGUGGCCGUCUGUAUUAUGGCGAGCCUUUGCUGGCACCGUGCUAUACCCGAUACAAUGGCCAUUUCCAGAGACCAGACGCUCAAGAGUGUUCCAUCCUGCAGAAUAACAGGACCAAUGGGCCUUUCGUUUCAGAUCACUUCGGCGGAUACCAGAAUGUCAACUGGGCCGCGUGCCAGUCCAGCGGAGAGAGUUGCGCUUUUGGAUCACUAAGCCCGGAUCUCGUCACGCCGGUAACCAAGGAGUGCAAGCAAGGGAGUGUUUCGCCCAAAUAUGUGGAUGCUCGCAGCGUUGAGGAUGUUCAAAAGACAUUGCUCUUCGCUCAGGAAAAUAACCUUCCCGUGGUGAUCAAGAACACUGGACACGACUAUACCGGUCGGAGCUCCGGUCCGGACUCACUGGGCCUGUGGACGCACCAUAUUCAACCGUCAAUAACACUCCAGAAAGGGUUCAUCCCACAGGGUUGCUCUGACUCUGUUGGCGAUGUGAUCACCUUUGGUGCUGGUCAACAGUUUGCAGGGAUUUACAAAUUCGCCCACGAGCACAACUACCGUGUAGUGGGUGGCAGCUCUAGUACUGUUAAUGCGGCUGGUGGUUGGAUCACCGGAGGUGGACACAGUCUCCUCUCCAACGAGCU